AGAAUGACGGUACGCGGUUUUGUAUUUUAAACGACAUAACUUGUGUGCCAGUAUGUGCAUAAACACAUGACGAUGAUGAAUAUCUUAAAGUAGCGCUAAUAACAUUUAUAUCAUUUACUUUGCAUUCUUCUCUACAGCUAGACCGUACAAAUAAGGCGAACAUGGUCCCAUCUAGACAGCCUAUGUAGAACAAAACAGCUUCAGUUGAGACGUCGCGCUGAGAGUUGAAAUGAAUUAAAGAUAAACAACUUUAACAAUAAAGAGUUCAGCAAAUGAAGUGCACGAAAUAAAAAUUAAUAAUAAAAAAAGCAAAAACAACAAUAAAUUUUUUUUUUUCAAACAAUAAGCAAACAGCAGCAUCUGGUGUGUUUCAGCCGGGUGAAGAGCAACGGCAUUCUCUACGGCAUACCGUUUGAAGCUUGUGUGGGUAGCAUUCGCUUUUGUGCCGUUAUCACGAGACGAGGAAAAAACCAGUGCGGUCAAAUCAUGGAACAGUGGAAUAAUGUGGAAUUGACUAGUUUGAGGAAAAAAUCCUAUACGUUGAAUGAUGAAUAUGAUUUAGCUAAUAAAUGUAUUGUUGCGAAUAAUAAUAGUGAAGCGCCAACGACUACCAAUAACAAUACCAAUGGCGAUGAAGCCUCUAAUAAUGCGAAUCAAAAUAAUAUACUACAACCAGGAUCAAAUAUUAAGCCGAAAGUAACAUCAGAGGAUGUGGAAUCGUUAGUGCGACGACUUUACGGCAUCACAAUAAAUGAAAUUAAAGAAUUAAUAUCAUAUGAUGAUCGCAAUUAUCUAAUACAACCAGAUUG